CAUCAACAUGGAAGAACUGAGCCGAAUCGCCACCGAACAACACCGCGAGUUCAUGGCGGCAGCAGCCAUCGAGUCCGACCUUCAACUAGCGUACCGUCUCCAACUCCAAGAAGCCAUGGCUGCAUCUCUCACUAUUCAACCUCCGCAACCAAUACCAAACCUCCAAACCCUAGAGAUUGAUAAACUCCAGAACGAACUUAAACACCGAUUAGUUAUUGAAACCGAAACCAAAAACAUAAGGAAGAGUCCUCCUUAUGGGGAGGGGUCUUCAUCUUCUUCUUUGAAAAGCGAAGAUGAUGAAGAGGUAUAUAUGGUUUACUUUAAGGGUUUGACAGUGGCGGGGAUGGGUGCGGAGAUAUGCGAUUCGACGGAUGAAGGUAUUUAUGAGAUGAAGAAGCCUUUGAAGUUGAUUGAAGGUGAGCCGAUAUCCAGGCCGUGUGUGGAGGGGCAGGCGUUGGUUGAGACUUUGAAGGGUGCAGCCGCUUUGGGACUAAAGAGAAUUCAAGUGUUUUGUGAUUUUUAUCUGCUGUAUGAAUUUGUUACUGGGAAAUUGCUUCCGGACCAGCAAAAGUAUAUAGACAUUAUGGAUCAAGUGAAUCUUCUUCGGAAAAGUUUCACAUACUGUGAGUUCUCUCUUAUCUUACGUGAUGAUGUCAAACAUGUGUUUAGGCUUGCAAGAGAAGCAAUAAAUUCCCAGAUAAGCAAGCUUGAAACCAAAACGAAGAGUCCUUACAAAGAGGGUUCUUCUUCUUCUUCUUCCUCGAUGAGCGAAGAAGAUGAUGGAGAGGUAUAUAGGAUUCAUUUUAAGGGUUUGUGGAGUGAUGAGAGGGUUUAUGGUCCUGAUGAAGAAGCCUUUGAAGUUGAACGGGUUUCCAGGCCGUGUGUGGAGGGGCAGGCGUUGGUUGCGACUUUGAAGGGUGCAGCUGCUUUGGGACUGCAGAGGAUUGAAGUGUUUGUUGAUUUUUAUCUGCUUUAUGAAUUUGUUAGUGGGAAGUUGUUGCCAAACCAGCAAAAGUGUAUAGACAUUAUGGAUCAAGUGAAUCUCCUUCGGAAACGUUUCACAUACUGUGAGUUUUCCCUUACUUCUCGUGACGACGUCAAAUAUGUGUUUUGCCUUGCAAGAGAUGCAAUAAAUUCCCAGAUAAGCAAGCUUGAAACCAAAACGAAGAGUCCUUACGGAGAGGGAUCUUCAUAUUCUUCGGAGAGCGAAGAUGAGGGAGAGGUAUAUAGGGUUUAUUUUAAGGGUUUGUGGAAUGAAGAGAGAGUUUAUGGUUCUAGUUCUUCAUAUAAAACAGUGACAGUGGCGGCGAUGGGUGCGGCAAUAUGCGAUUCGUCGGAUGAGAUUAUUCAUCAGUUGAAGACGCCUUUGGAUUUGAUUGAAGGUGAGCCGAUUUCCAGGCCGUAUGUGGAGGGGCAGGCAUUGAUUGUGGCUUUGCAGGGUGCAGCUACUUACAAGCUCAAGAGAAUUGAAGUGUUUUGUGAUUAUUAUCUGUUGUAUCAAUAUGUUAGCGGGGAGUUGCUGCCAAAUGAACAACAGACUAUAGACAUUCUGGAUCAUGUGAAUCUCCUUCGGAAAAGUUUCACAUACUGUGAGCUCUCCCUUAUUGCUCGUUAUGAUGUCAAAUAUGUGUUUAGGCUUGCAAAAGAAGCAAUACGUUCCCAGACAAGAAAGGCAGUAUCAACUCUAGGAAAUUUUGGUACUUGUGUGAUAUGCUUAGAUGAUAUAUCUAUAGACCAAUUCAUGUCAAUUGGUUGUACACACCGAUAUUGCUAUUCUUGUAUGAAGCAACAUGUAGAGGUGAAAUUGCUUAAUGGUAUGUUACCAAAAUGCCCUCAUGAAGACUGUGGGGUUGAACUGAGAAUUGAAAGUUGUGAGAAGUUCUUGGACCCGAGGUUUACUGAGAUGAUGAGACAACGGCUGAAAGAAGAUUCAAUUCCGGUGACGGAAAAAGUUUAUUGUCCUAAUCCUAGAUGCUCCACGUUAAUGUCAACAAAGGAAGCUCUUAGGAAUCUUGUAUUGGUUUAUGGAUUUGGAGCUAGAACAUGUUAUAAUUGUCAUGGAAAUUUCUGCGUAUAUUGCAGGGUUCCGUGGCAUGAAAAUAUAACAUGUGAAGAGUACAAAAGAAGAAACCCAACACCACUUGUGGAAGAAUCAAAGCUCAAAAGUCUGGCAGCAAGGAAUUUGUGGCGGCAGUGCAUAAAAUGCAAACAUAUGAUAGAAUUAGCCGCUGGUUGCUAUCACAUGACAUAUUCCUAUGGACAUUAUGGUCUUCUUUCUCCUAUCUUUGCUGGCACGGCUUCUUCCUCCGAUCUCGCUGUCACAGUUUCUUUAUAUGAUUUUUGCCGAAAACUGCCUAUUUUUGGUUUGAAUAUGGAACAAGAUGUGGAUAUGAAUUUUGCUACACGUGUGGAGAAGAAUGGAAGAACAAGAAGGCAACAUGCAAGUGUCCUCUUUGGGAUGAAGAAAACAUCAUAG